AUGGCUGUGAUGGCACUUAGAGCUGGUGGGAGCCACCCUUCUUCCAAAGAGAGAGAGAGAGCGGCCCUCUUCUCGCAGUUGACCCUAAGCCUCGCCUCCGAUGGACUCUUGAGCUUCAUGAACGAUUCGUCGAUGCUGUCACCCAGCUUGGAGGACCAGAUAGUCAAGCAACACCUUCAAAGGAGGAUCGAUGCACAGAGAAAAUAUAUGCAAACAAUUCUAGAAAAAGCUUACAGAACCCUCCCUGUCGAAAACUGGCUUUUUGAUGAUCAAGAAGUAUUCUGGGAAAUGGGCAACGUGGAAAACAUAGAUUCAGCUGCAGACUUACCAUCUAUACAGGACUUUCAAAUUUAUGGGGAUCAUUCUCACGAGGGAUUUCUGCCAACUGAUGAUAACAUGAGUAGCUGCACGACUUCCAUGAUUUGGUAUGAUUAUAAUAUGCAGCUACAAAAUAUAGGAACAUCAGCACCAUGUCUAGACUCGGAAGAGGAACAACUUCAAAUGGCCAACAAUUGA